CCUGUCACACAUGACUUGUAAGGUUAUUAAAGCUAUAGGAAUGCAGAGAAAUUUGCACAGCCAUGCAAAGCAGACACACAGUGUAAAACAGCACACAGUUAAACCUUUGAUCGCCCCACAUGUUAACCUCUUCCUGCCCAGUGUCAUUAGUACAGUGUCAGUGAUUUGUAUUAGCACUGAUCACUUUAUUGGUGUCACUGGGGAUGUCAGUGACACUAAGUCAGUUCCCCCCACUGUCAGAUUGCCUGCUGCAGUCCCG